AUGGGUACUAUCGACUCUUGGUCAUCGAUUGAGGCAAUUAUAAAACAACGUUUGGAAAUGAAUGAAAUUGAUCGACGUUAUUGUGCCGUAUGUGGUCGACAAGGUCCAUCAUUGUCACGUUGUUUCGGUUGUCAGAUGGUUUAUUAUUGUGGUGAAGAACAUCAAAUUGAAGAUUGGUCUAAAGAACAUGCUCAAAAAUGUACACAAUUAGAAUGGGUUGCAUUAGGAGAAUUCGUUCAAGCUUUACCAGCUCAACCACCAUUACCAAAUAUUGGUGAUAAAUGGUCAUUAUCAUUAAAAGAAAUUAAUAAUUGGAAGAGUUGGUUUUCUAUACGAACAAAUAUUGUUAAUUUAGCUAAUAAUACAGCAAAUGUUUUGAAAAAUCUUAUACACUUAACCGAUAAACGACGACCCACUCAUCAAAAUGCAGUUGAUGGUCUACUUGCGGCAGUAACUGAUAUUUUAACGCAUGUUCUUACAAUUGGAAAGGCUGUAUUUUAUUUUGGCCUUCAACCAAAUAAUCGUCCUCUUGUCAUUCAUAUACUUAGUGGCUUUAACAAAAUGGAUCUUGUCGGCAAUAACCAAUCAUCGCCAAAUUUACCCGCUCGUUUUCAUGAACUACUCAAUAUGUUUCCCGAUAAUAAAGGUGUUGAACUAGUUAUUGUGAUCGGUGACGAUUACCAAGACGACAUAGACGACUCGUCUAUACCACAUGCCAAACUCAAACCCGAUAGAUUGAUUAUAACAACUACUGGUAAAGGUCGUCUUCUUGACACAUUUGAAGAAAAACGUUUACAACAAUCAAUAGCUGAUCUUCUUGUUUAUUUUAAUGCUGCACAUCUUUUUCUGUCAGCAAAUAGAGAAGAAUUAAAAUCAAUGCUUAGUAGGCAACGUCCAACAUUAUUAACAUUUGAAGAUCAGGAAGAAUUUCAUCAAGCACAAAGAUAUUUAUCAACACAAGGUGUUAAUAUUCAACAUGCAGGAACUAAUCAAUUUAGUUCCUUGAUUAUUCGACAACGUUCAAACAAACCAAACGCAACUUAUUCAACAAAUAGCUAUCAAAUAUUAUUGAAUACAAUGACUAUUAAUAGUACUGCUGAAAGAAAUGAUGAAAAUUCUUCAUUAUUAUUAUCUCAUCAACGUUCUCAUCAAUCUUCCAUUGGUAUUCAAUAUGGUCAUUCACAACAACAACAACAACUGCAGUUCAAUCCCGGUUUGAAACAGGUCAAUGGUAAAACACAUAUUGAAUCUCUUUCGUCGUCGCCGUUGUCACAUAAUACGCAAGCAAACAACAAUGGGACACUACUAGACAUAAACGCUCACAUAGUUUCGACCGCGAAUACAACUACUACUGUUCAACCAUUGGUACGAUCAAAUAAUAAUAUACGUCAACCUACUCUAGUACAGCGACGGCAUCAUUCUCCACCUACAUCAACAUCAACAUCUCCUGCUAUUAAUACAACGACUGCUGAGAUGAUGACUACUACUGACAUAGUCAGAACUGAUCAUAAACCACAACCAAAACCACGUUCAUCUCUAGUCAAAACAGUGAAUAAAGAUACAGAUGCAAUAACAUCACAAAUAAAUGGUAAUCUAAUUCAACGUAUUAAACCAUUUUUUGAACAAUCAUCACAAGAACCAAAAAUUAUCAAACAACAACAACAACAACAACGUCAAUCUGCUUCAAUUCCUUAUACAUAUCAAAAAGGAACUACGACCAAAGCUACAUGUCUUGAUGAUAUUAUUUCAUCCCGAAAUGCAUAUGCUAUAUCGUCAUCACAACUACCAUCAAUAGAAACUAAUACCAAUGGACAAACUGUAACAACUACUGCGAUUAUUUCUUCGCCAUUUUCAAUUGAAAUACCACAUGAUGAACGUACAAUGAAGAUCAAUACAGUUAAUAAUUUACAAAUUUCUAAACCAAUAAUUGAACGUCGUAAUGAUGAACGAACAAAAAAAAUUACUACGAACAGUGCUUCUUCACCAUUGACAAUGCCAAUUGAAAUUCAUCACGAUCAACGAACUGUAAUAAGUGCUACAACUAACCCUUUAACUCCUCCAUCAUCAUCAUCAUCAUCAUCAUUUAUCGAAGAUCGUUCUAAUGAACGAAUUGUUACAGCUGCUACAGUUAAUAUUUCAUCAACAAUAUCACAACCAAUUGAAACUCAUCUUGAUAAAUCAACUGUAAUGUCUAUCAUGAAACCAAAUUCUCCACCACCCCCUCCACGACCACCAUUACCACCAUCACCACCAUCGUCAUCUACUAAUAAUGAAGUGAUCUAUACUGAAGUAAUUAAAAAUCAUGAACGACCAUUAUCAUCUCAUCAUAAUGAUCUCAUUAAAUCACCUGUAAGUCCUUCUCGUUCAUUUAUUAUUCCAACUAAAUUAUCAAGUAUUUCAUCAAAAAAUCCAUCAUUUAAUAUUCAACGAUCAUCUCGAUCACCAACAACAAAUAAUUUUUUAUCACAUACUAAUAAAUCAAGAACACCUAUUCAAUCGAUGAUGACAUCUGAUCGAAUAAGUCUUUAUUCACAACGAAGUAAUAAACAAUCGGAUAUGGGUGUAACAAUAAAAAAUUUAUCGGAAUGUAUUGAUCGUGUUGGUGUUGUAUUUGAUGAAACAAAUCGUCGAAAUGAUGUACCAUCAACUGGUUUAACAACAGUUGAUCUUAUUCGUGAACAAUUAACAAAUUCAUCAACAUCAAAAUCAACUGGAUCUUUAUUAGAGAAAUUAUAUAAAUCGAACAGUAGUACUCGUUUACCAACAUCAUCACCAUUACGUACAUCAAUGAAAAUAGCUUCUCCACGAUCAAAAUCUCAACAAGCAACAAAAACUCAUGAUGAACAAUCUUCAACAUCUAAAAUAACUUCAACAACACAACCACCACCACCACCACUGCCACUGCCACCAUCAACAUCUCAAUCAAUACGACGAACUGUUGGUGUCUUUCUUCCACUAACAUCUAAAAAUCCUCAUGAAUCUGAACAAACAAAUUUAACUACAUCUGAGCAAUCACCAACAUCACUCUAUCAAAAUCUUGAACCACAUAAUUCAAAUUUAUCUAAUACUCAAAUUCUUGAUUAUACACUUAAACAACAUUCUGGUCCAGUAUGUAUUGGUAUACCAAAACCAUUUCGAAAACCAACAGCAAUUAUUGAACCAUCACCUGUUAUAACAUCACCAAUAACAAAUAUAUCUGAACCAAAUUAUAUUAAUCUUACACAUCAAGAUGAACAUAUUUAUACAAAUGAAAAUAGUACAGGAUUAACUGGUAGUAGUAAUUCAAAUUCAUAUACAAGUAAAACAUCAAGUAUAUAUUCAACAUCAGAUAAACAAAAUUUAAUUAUAAAUCCUGAAAUUCAUUAUGCAAUAUCUCAAAUAGCAUCAUCACAACAAGAACAAUCAGUUGAAUAUGAUUCAUUUGAUGAUGAAUUAGUUAUUGAUGAUAUAGCUAAAAUAGAAAAAUCUCCUCAUUCAAAUGAUAAUACAGAUAAUGAUUCAUUUGAUGAUGAUGAUGAUAAUAAUAAUAAUAAUAACCAUCAUCAUCAAUUAUCAAAUAAUCAAUCAAUAUCAUCAAAAACUUCAUCAAAAAAUUUUUUUCGUUCAACAUUAAAUCGUUUAACACGAUCAAAUAAAUCUUUAGAACGUCUUAAUAAUGAAACAAUAACAAAUGAUUGUAUACAAGAAUUAAAUCCAUCAAAUAUAGUUGAUACAAAAACAAAAAAAACACUUCGUAGUAUAAAAGCACGACAUGAAGCUAAAAAAACAGGUAAUCUUUUAACAACAUAUACAGGUGAUGAUGAUACAACAUCAAUUGAUUCAAAUUGUUCAACACAAACAUCAACAAGUUUAAAUAAAACAAUAACAAUAAAAUCAUCAAAUAAUCGUUUUCGUUUAUUUCGUCGUAAAGUUGAAAAAGAAUUUGCUAGUGAUACUGAAGCGGAAAAACAUCAAACCGAACAACGACGAAAAAAAUGGAAUAAAAAAAUUCUUAAUGAUACAGCUAAUGAAUUAAAAACCAAACGUUUAUUAAUGAUGAGUGAUGAUGAUGAUGAUAAUAAUCAUAAUAAUAAUAAUCAAAAUAAUCAAAAUUUAAAUCAACAAACAAAAGAAAAUUUCAUUAAUGAUGAAACACAUAUAUAUGAUCAUAUUAUUCAUGAUGAAAUAAAUAAUAAUAAUAAUAAUAAUACUGUAUCUCGUAUGGGUAAAUUAUCACAUGAAACACAUUUAAAAUCUCCAACAAUAACACUUGAUGAAAUACGUUCAGAAAUUCAAGCUGAAAUAGCUGCACGACAAGAUAUACAAAUAAAUAAUCAAUCAAUACAAUCAUCAAAUUUAAAUUUACAAAAAAAACGUUCAAAAUCAGUUACAUUUCUUGAUGAAUUACUUAGUGAUGAUCCUAAACAACAACAACAGCAACAACAACAACAACAACAACAACAACAACAACAACAAUUAAAUAUGAUUACAAAAAAUGAUAUACAAAUAAGACCAUCAACAACAAUAAAACGUAUUGAAAAAGGUGAUGCACGAUCUAUAUGUGGUGCUCUAACAGGUACAGGACCUAUACGAGGUAUUAUUAAAGCAGCAAAUAAUGAUAUUACUGGUACAACAGCACCUGUAUCACCAUCGGCAGCAGCAGCUAUUUAUUUAAGUGGAGCAUCAAUUGAUACACGAUGUACAUCACCGAAAAUUAAUGAACGUACACAUCGACCACUUUCUACAUACACAGUUGGUUCAGCUCGUUUUUAUGAUGGUGCACCAGUAGUACCAUCAACUCCUGCAUCUCCACCACCCCUUCCAAAUCAUUCUGUUAAUCAAAAUAAUCAUAAUAAUAAUAUAUCAAAUCAUCGACCAAUCUUAAAUAAUCCUUCUCAUCAGUCAACAUCGAAUAAUGUUCAUCAUAAACGACCAACAGCAAAAGUUAGUCCAUUUCAAACAAAAUCUCCUAAUGAAUCAUCAUCAUCAUCAUCACCACCACCUAUAUCUACAACAAAACAAACAGCAUUGUCAUCAACAUCAAAAACACCAAUACGAUCAUCUACACAUAGAAAUAUGCAAAUAUCACAUGACGUAACUAACGUAGCUAUAUCAUCGGUUAGUGAUGGUGUUGGUGGUGUAUCAAAACGCUUACAGUCCAAUUUUUAG